CUCUAUAAAAAUCCGAGUAGUCCUAAACAAUUCAUCAGUUUCCCUUCGUCUGUGUAAGGUGUUAAGACAUUAUAAAAGUGUUGGUAAUCAUGCAAUUGACUCUAUCGUUGAUCUUAGUCUCUAUUGGACUAGUUGCCGCCGGCAAUAGUGCUUGGAAAGAAGGCAAAGAGUACCAGUAUAAGUUGCGAAUUUAUACGAAAAACAACAAGGAGGCAGGUACAGCUGCUCAGGCACGCUUAACUAUUGAGCCACAGUCUGACAGUUUUUUGAUUGGAAAAAUCAGCAAAGCCGUUUAUGGAAAAACGAACGAACCAUUUCCGGGAGACGGUGCAGACUUGAGCGGAAUAAUGCCGAAGUAUGACGAAUGGAAGCUGAAUGGACAACGAUUUAAAAUCCAUUUCGACAAUGGCAUGAUUCGUUCGAUAUCUGUCGAUUCAUCGUUGACCUCCAACGAAAUGAAUCAGUUGAAGGCCAUUGUUAGCCAACUUCAAAUCAACACUAAGAAGCCAGAGAACAACGUUUCUUACAAGGUAAUGGAACCAUCCGUAUUCGGAAACUGCGAAACUUCAUACGAAAUUUCUCCGUUGCCGAACUACGAACAUCCCGCAUUGGCAAGAGAAGAAGAAGACUUGAUCCAGAUCGAAAAGACAAGAAAUUGUGUGGAUGAGAUGAAAGCUUCAAGAAAUCCGGCUGCCCGUACUCGUAUUGUUAUUUCGGGCAAUCUGAACGAGUACACCAUUCAAUCAGUCUAUUCAACAAGCCCUGCAAUGGGUUUCUUUGAACACAUGGGCAUCACAUUAGAGUCUGUCAGGGAGUCCGAAAACUUUGGAGAAAUGUUGUUGGAAGAUUCAAACUUGAUUCCACAGGGAAUACAAUUAACCACGAGUCCUGUGGUAACGCCUGGUCCGGAAAAUGUUGGAAGUUGUGAACCAGCACCAAAUGCUGAAGAACAAAUCACUCCUACGUGUUGGACAGGUUUCGUUGAUGUGGAUGCGCAAUGCAAAAACGAUUUCGAUGCACAGUGGACAACUGUUGGUGGCGCUGGUUGUUGUGGAUUUUUAUGUCUAGGUCAACGACAACGUUGCAGAAAAAGCUUUCCAGGAUGUGUCGAAACUGUUUGCUAUGCGGCAGCUCAACCUGCCGCUUCAGCGUGCAAUGAUCAAUAUAAAGGAGGCGAUUAUCCAAUUCCCUGCGGUGGUUCCACCAACUGCGCACCCGGUUGGAGACGUGUCAGAUGUUGCCCAAAACAAUACGCUUGAUUAAAAGCAUUUCUUUUUUGUAAACUGUAAAAGAUACCCGAUUUGAAUGUCAAUAAAUGUCUAUACUUCAUAGACGAGCUCAUAAACAUUUUUAUGAGUCAAUUUG